AUGUUACCAAGAGUUAUAAUCGACCCCGAAGGGGAUAUCGUGUUACAACUUCACGAAAAACAGCCCAGUGAAGCCGCUGCUGAUGGCAAGACCGAGGGCGAGAAACUAGAAACCCGAGAGCUGAUUGUGUCCUCUAAGGUGCUAUCUCUUGCCUCACCGGUGUUUAGGGUCAUGAUCGGUGGCAAGUUCAAAGAAGGUGUUGAACUAGCCGAGAAAACAGCAUCUUCGGAGACUUAUGACUUGCCCCUUCCAGAAGACGAUGCAGAAGCGACGAUCGUCCUUUGCAAAAUCCUUCACUUCAACAUUAAGGACGUUCCCGAGAAACCCACUACUGUUUGCUUGGAGAAGCUAGCAUAUCUCUGCGAUAAAUACCGGUGUAUCAAUGCUAUGAAAUAUUGUGGUGGUCUCUGGCUGAGGAACUGGCUGCUAGUCUGCGACAAGGAGGACCCUCCAAUUGACGAUCUUUGCCGACUCCUCAUCUUCGCAUAUGUCGUAGAUCUCCCCUAUGAAUUCUUGGGAAUUUCAUGGAAACUCUUCCUCACUCACAAGGGCCCAUUCUUGGGACCAUUUACGCAAGCAGUAAUUCUAGUGGAUCAUCCUCUUCUACAUCAGAAUGUUGCCCGAGAGCUGGAUACAAAAAGGUUCCAAUGUUGCAAGUCAUUUCAUCGAGGCAUGAUGGCUCCUGCGAACGAGAACUGGCAAACUCUCACGAAAAAUUGUUAUCGCGCUGCUAAGGCUGUCGGAUCCUACUUCAACUCUCUUCAAAUAACGAAAAUCCUGCCCUACGAUCUCGACUUUACAGAGCAUAGAUUCUGUGAUCUCAUAAGAAAGGCAUCACUUCUACCAUACAUUUCCAUCUCACAGUACACCUGUACGCUUCGCAACUGUAGUUGCGACGUUGAAUCCACUUAUAACUUAUCCAGCAAGCUGCAAGAGGAAGUUAGGUUUAUAAAGCAGCAACAGGGGACUUUCAUUUGUCUGGAUUGUUUGAAGGCUGAGGGGGGGUCCAAAUAUGAAGGAAACUGCCGAAUUUCUCAUUCCUAGUUGCUUAAAGUGGUGCUUGUGUUUCGAGGAUGUAUGCCGAGGGGUAUUCGAUUUCAUAGCCGACUUGGUCGUUGUUGAUGUAGUAUGUCAUGCACCCUUUCUCCAGUGAGUAGAAGGUGAUUAGGUCAAUAGCAUUUUGUCCUACUCGUUUCCAUGAACCAAUACUUAAUGAUUGGCACGAGAGAUGAUGGAAGACAACUUUGCCUUAAGGACCCUGACCGGCGCUUAUCAUCAUGCUACCAGUUCCGCAUGGCUCUAAUCCUGAACGGCCGAUGAAGUUCCCUCCCAACUGCGGCGUGUCCGAUUUCCA